AAUUUCACAAGCACUUCCAGCUGAUUGCGAGGGAACACGCUUUGGUCGACAACUUUUGAUCACAUUCGGCUAUUGUUUACAUAUUGUUAAUCAUGUGAAAUGCAUCAGGAGAUGAAGAAGAAAAAAAACAAGCAACAAAACUUACCGGCGCUGUAAAAAGUUGGGUAAACAACACUUUCCUGUGGUUACCCUAUAUCUUCACUUCCUACCGCCAGAUCCCAGGCCUGUGAAGGGGCCACUCUCCAUAUACUGGCAUAUAGAGACUAUUGCGUCUUUUUUACAGCGAUUUAUUUCAGACUGAUAUUCAUGGAGUAACCAUGGUAACAGUCUGUUUAGACAACGUGUAUGUACAUUUUGGUUAUGGGUUGUGUGCGGAUCCUGUCUGAGGGGGGUUUAGAACAGCAACACAUUUUUCAGCGGAAACCGUUUACUCCAAACCUAAAACAUUUGCAACGAAAACAAGAGUUUCUAUUGGACAAAUUCAGAAAAGAGAAAAGGGAUAUUUCAAGAUAACUCUCGCCCCCUUUCUCACCUUUCUCAGCAACAUGGCCAAUGCCCUGGCCAAUGCGAUGUGUGAGCGCUGUAAGAGUGGCUUUGCCCCGGCGGAGAAGAUCGUCAACAGCAACGGGGAGCUGUACCAUGAGGGGUGCUUCGUCUGUGCUCAGUGCUUCCAGCAGUUCCCCGAAGGUCUCUUCUAUGAGUUUGAGGGCAGGAAGUACUGCGAGCACGACUUCCAGAUGUUGUUUGCUCCCUGCUGCCACCAAUGUGGGGAGUUUAUCAUUGGUCGUGUGAUCAAGGCGAUGAACAACAGUUGGCACCCUGACUGUUUCUGCUGUGACCUCUGCCAGGCCGUACUGGCUGACGUGGGCUUCGUCAAGAACGCCGGCAGACACCUGUGUCGCCCGUGUCAUAACCGUGAGAAGGCCCGUGGUCUGGGGAAGUACAUCUGUCAGAAGUGCCACGCUAUCAUCGAGGAGCAGCCGCUGCUGUUCAAGAACGACCCCUACCACCCCGAUCACUUCAACUGCAACAACUGCGGUAAGGAGCUGACUGCUGAUGCCAGGGAGCUGAAGGGAGAGCUGUACUGCCUGCCCUGCCAUGACAAGAUGGGUGUUCCCAUCUGUGGCGCUUGCAGGAGACCCAUCGAGGGCCGCGUGGUCAAUGCCAUGGGCAAGCAGUGGCACGUCGAGCAUUUUGUGUGUGCUAAGUGUGAGAAACCCUUCCUGGGCCAUCGCCACUACGAACGCAAAGGACUGGCCUACUGUGAGACUCACUACAACCAGCUCUUUGGAGAUGUCUGCUACCACUGCAACCGUGUCAUUGAGGGUGAUGUGGUGUCAGCCCUGAACAAGGCAUGGUGUGUCAACUGCUUCGCCUGCUCCACCUGCAACACCAAGCUCACCCUAAAGAACAAGUUUGUGGAGUUUGACAUGAAGCCGGUGUGUAAGAAGUGUUACGAGAAGUUUCCUCUGGAACUUAAGAAGAGGCUGAAGAAGCUGGCGGAGACAGUGGCCCGGAAGUAGACCGAGACAGACCCAGACAGACAGACAGACAGACCCAGACAGACAGACCCAGACAGACAGACAGACAGACAGACAGACCCAGACAGACAGACCCAGACAG